AUGAAAACAACAAUACGUUUCCUUUUAUUAUUAUACAUUUGUCCUUUAAUCGUCGGUGAAGAAUACUUGAUUAAAUUAAAAAAAUCAGAAUCAAUACAGUCAUUUUUAAAAUCUACAAAAUCCCAAUCUUUGCAAAUUAAAGAUGAUAUUAAAAAUCAUAUAAGAGAACGUUUUACAUUCGGUGCCUUUAGAGCAUUAGUUAUAGACCUUCCAAAUGAUAUGAUCGAAAAGUUGAAGAAAAACCCUACAAUAUCAGAAAUCAUACCUAACCUUAAGGUAAAUGCAUUUGCUAACAGUUCCACAUAUUCUGAGUUACUGACAUAUAGUGACAAAAUAAUUAUUCAGAGGGAAGCACCUCGUCAUUUAAGUCGCUUAUCAAGAAGAGGACAACUGCCGUAUGAUAUAAAUAAUAUUGAUAGAUAUGACAAUGCAUUUGAUUACUAUUUCGACGCUAAAUAUCAAGGUUCUUCUGUCAAUGCUUAUAUCAUUGAUACCGGUAUUUACAAAGAACAUCCUGAAUUCGAAGGUAGAGUUAAAUUUGCAAUAGAUUUAACUCAGGAAGGGCCAGGUGACGAAAAUGGUCAUGGUACUCAUAUAGCAGGUAUUGUAGGUUCUAAGACCUUUGGAGUUGCCAAAAAGGUUAAUAUCAUCGAUGUCAAAGCUUUGGAUAAGAAAGGACAAGGUCAAUUAUCUACCAUAUUGAAAGCCUUAGAAUUUACAAUUCGCCAUUGCAAAGAGUCAGUAGAUAAAAAAUGUGUCGCUAAUUUAAGCUUCGGAGCUAUAAGAACUGCGAUUAUCGACGAAGCUAUAAAAGAAGCACACAAUGCUGGAAUAGUAUUGGUUGUUGCAGCCGGGAACUCUAACAUCGAUGCUUGUUGGAAUAGUCCAGCAUCAUCAAAAGAUGUCAUCACUGUAGGAGCAUUUGAUGACAGGACUGAAACCAUUGCAAGAUUUAGCAAUUGGGGCAGCUGUGUUGAUGUGUUUGCACCUGGUGUUAAAGUUAAAUCGCUUUCUCAUAUUAACGGAAGUGACGUAUUACUAUUAUCAGGAACUUCAAUGGCAUCACCCAGUGUUAGCGGUAUAGCGGCAAUACUCUUAGAUAAAGGGUUGAAUCCUAAAUUUGUUAAAUCAAAAAUAAUUGAAAGUUCAACUAAAAAUAUAUUUCAUCAAGGUACAAUAAUGAUUAAGCCCAAUACUCCAAAUUUAAUAGUAUUUAAUGGUAUUGAGAAAAUGGAUGAUUCUUUUGAAGGUGCCAGGUUCCCUCGAAUUGAUUUUGAAGGAUUAAUCAACGAAUUAAAAUCAUAUAGGGUUAGCGUACUUGAUGGUUCAAAUAUGGAUAACUAUUCGUUAGGAUUGGAUAUUUUAAAUUCGAGUAUCAUUGAUUCUACUACUUUUUGA